AUGGCUUUGAUGGUUUUCCUUACUUUCUAUGUAAUUGUAAGUUCUCAGCUAUCAAUCAUAUCAGCCAGUGAUCAUCUUUCUCAGCAGAGUAAUUCAGAAAUCUAUAUUGUUCACGUUGAGUCACCUGAAAAUCUACACGAGUACUCAUUAUUAUCUGAUGUGUCCUCACGCAUAAUAUAUUCCUAUCGAAAUGUCUUCAGUGGUUUUGCUGCUAGAUUAUCACCAGACGAAGUGAAGUUAUUGGAAACGAAGGAUGGCUUUAUUUCCAUAAGACCUCAAAGGAUAUUGCGAGUCCAAACUACUCAUACUCCAAGUUUCCUCGGGUUGCACCAAAACUUAGGCUUCUGGAAUACGUCUAACUAUGGCGAAGGUGUAAUUAUUGGUCUGUUGGACACUGGAAUUUAUCCAGAACAUCCUUCGUUCGAUGAUGAAGGAAUGCCUCCUCCACCUGCCAAAUGGAAGGGAAAGUGCGAGUUUCAUUUCACAGCAUGUAACAACAAGAUCAUUGGAGCAAGAGACUUUUCGGUGUUUGAAGGUGGGACACCGUUAGAUGAAAAUGGUCAUGGUACACAUACUUCAAGCACUGCUGCUGGAAAUUUUGUUGAUGGUGCGAAUGUGUUUGGAAGUGCUAACGGCACAGCCGUUGGUAUUGCACCCCGCGCUCACUUGGCUAUGUACAAAGUUUGCAAUCCAAGUGGCCGGUGUUCCGAAAGUGACAUGUUGGCUGCCAUGGAUGCCGCGAUUGAUGAUGGUGUGGAUGUCAUAUCCAUUUCCAUUGGUGGAAUUUCUGGCCCUUUUUGGGAUGACAAUAUUGCACUUGGUGCAUUUAGUUCUAUGGCAAAGGGAAUUCUUGUAAGUUGCUCAGCUGGAAAUGAAGGUCCAUAUACUGGUACCUUAUCUAAUGAGGCCCCCUGGAUUCUUACUGUUGGUGCUAGCACGAUCGAUAGACAAAUGAAGGCAACCGUAGCACUUGGAAACGGCGUAGAAUUUGAUGGUGAAUCAAUUUACCAACCAAAUGAUUUCCCUCCAACAUUGGUUCCAAUAGUUUACCCAGCACUAAACAGCAGUUAUUUUGGUGCUUUCGCUUGUAGCCCAGAAUCACUUACAAAUGUUGAGGGAAAAUUAGUGUUGUGUGGAACGGUUGGCGCGACAGCAAUUGCAAAAGGAAAGCCAGUGAAAGAUGCUGGUGCUGCUGGCUUGAUUCUAAUGAGUGAAGAUAUUGAAGGUUACACUAUACCUGCACAUGAUUAUGUUCUUCCUGCAACGCGCAUUAGCUAUGCAGAUGCACAAAAUCUCAUAGCCUAUAUAAACUCGACAUCAACCCCUAUGGCCAGUAUUUUAUUUAAGGGAACUGUAAUUGGAGAUAAACAUGCUCCUACAGUUGCUUUCUUUUCAUCUAGAGGUCCAAACAGAGCUAGUCCAGGCAUACUAAAACCAGAUAUUAUUGGCCCUGGAUUCAAUAUCCUCGCAGCUUGGCCAACUUCUAUUGAAAAUAAUACUCAUACAAACUUGACUUUCAACAUGAUUUCUGGGACAUCAAUGGCCUGUCCUCACCUUGCUGGAAUUGCAGCUUUGCUUAAAAGUGUUCAUCCAGAUUGGUCUCCUGCUGCUAUUAAGUCCGCGAUUAUGACCACUGCUGAUCUGGUUAAUCUUGGAAACAAGCCGAUUGAGGAUGAAUUGCAUUUACCAGCUAACGUCUUUGAAAUUGGAGCAGGACAUGUGAAUCCAUCAAGAGCAAAUGAUCCUGGUCUAAUCUAUGACAUCCAAGCUCAGGAUUACGUGCCUUAUCUAUGUGGUUUAAACUACACAGACCAACAAGUUAGCGCGAUCUUUCAAAAGAAGGUGAAUUGCACAAAUAGUAUACCUGAGGCAGAGCUAAACUAUCCUUCAUUUUCUAUCAAACUUGGAUCAGAGACUCGGGAAUAUACAAGGGCUGUAACUAAUGUUGGUGAGGCUGAUUCAACUUACAAUGUGGAGAUUUUACCACCUGAAGGUGUUGAGGUAACUGUGAGUCCUAGCAGUUUGAACUUUUCUGCAGUGAAGAAGAGAAUGACCUAUCAAGUGACAUUUACACGUUCAGCAUCUGGCACUGGCCGCAACACAAACUUUGUGCAAGGAUACCUGAAAUGGUCAUCGGAUAAGCACGUCGUCCGAAGUCCCAUUGCAGUUAUUUUGGAGUAG